AUGAGCUUUUUACCAUCUCCAUCUUCUCCCUGUUCAGUGUACAACCCACCGCCUUAUCCAACAAAUGACACAGAGAUCACAGCAGUGACAGCCACCUCCACAGCCAUCAUACUGGACCAAGAUCCUUCGCCAUCCAUAAAGAAUCCCAGGAACCACCACAACCAUCACCAUCACCACUUGAAGCAUCGUGCUUGUUAUUUAUGCAAAAAUAGAAACAUACCACCUAACGUGCGAGAGAUUGGACCCUAUUUAAUUCAUCGUACACAACCAGAUUUGGUACUGAUAUGUCCCUGUCAACACAAGGCACAUCCCACUUGUCUGAGGCAGCUACAAACAGACUUCAUUUGCAACAUCUGCAAUUCAGUCUACCAGCUGAGGUACAUUCGAUAUGCCCAGUUGUUGUGUCUGGCAUGCCACAUACUCAGUUUGGCAUCGACGGUGGGGCUUGUGUUUGGACUGUCGCAUCUAGGUAGAGCAUUGGAUGAACUAGGGCUAGGCAGUGAAAUGGGGCCAAAGUUGGAUGGAGACGAAACAUGGCAAGACCAUGAGAUGUUGGAUAUUGUGGAAUGGCUCAACAUAGUUCAUUUUGCAACGGGUGUCGCAGGAGAGGCAUUGCUAGGACUAGUGUAUAUGGUGGGUGUGUGCCUGGUGAUUGGGCAGGACCGCACACUGAUCAUGAUAUCCAAUAUACUGUAUAUACGCUUGGAUCCCCUCAAGAGACAGACUUGGAUUAAUGUAAUCUGUCUGUGGAUUUGUCUGUUUGUAUUUGGUCUGGUAUUAGGUACCUACCUGCUCUUCUUUUCGUGGAUCUGGGCAAGUGUAUUGCACCAUAUACGGAAACGGAUGAUGUAUGUUCAGAUGCAUCACCUUGAUCCCUACUGUAGAGCAUAA